UGGUCGCGCAAGAUUAGACUCCAGUCUCGCCGCGCCACACGCGCACGGCCUCACCCAGUCCUCGACUAGCCGACGCCGAGAAGCCCCUCGAUGGCGAGGCGAAGGCGCGCAGCAAUCCUGCCUCGCUUCCCUCCAAAUUCCCAAAGCUCUCGCGCGCGGUGCCAUGGCGGAGCGCCUCGCCGCCUCCCUCCUCCCUGCCGCCUCGCCGUCCCCGUCCGCCCGCCGCGCAACGGUCGCAGCCGCAGCCGCCGCCUCUUUCCCCUCCCCAUGCUCCGCCCGCGCGGGGCUGCGCCUACGCUCCCGCCCGCCCCUCUUCUCGCAGAAGGCGGCCGGGCGCGGGUGUGGCCUGCGGGUGGUGCGGUGCAUGGCAGCGUCGGACGCGGUGCAGCUCAAGGCCGCGCGGGAGGACAUCAAGGAGCUCCUUAAGAGCACAUACUGCCACCCCAUCAUGGUCCGUCUGGGGUGGCAUGAUUCUGGUACCUAUGACAAGAAUAUUAAGGACUGGCCACAGCGAGGUGGAGCUAAUGGAAGUUUAAGGUUCGAUGCUGAGCUGAGUCAUGGAGCCAAUGCGGGCCUGAUUAAUGCAUUGAAGCUUAUCCAGCCUAUCAAGGACAAAUACCCAGGUAUCACUUAUGCAGAUUUGUUCCAGUUAGCAAGUGCUACGGCGAUUGAGGAAGCUGGUGGUCCAAAAAUUCCAAUGAAAUAUGGACGUGUUGAUGUCACAGCAGCUGAACAGUGUCCGCCCGAGGGGAGGCUUCCUGAUGCUGGCCCACGUGAUCCUGCUGAACACCUUAGGGAGGUAUUUUAUAGAAUGGGCCUUGAUGACAAGGAAAUUGUUGCACUAUCUGGAGCACACACACUUGGAAGAGCAAGGCCUGACCGGAGUGGCUGGGGAAAGCUAGAAACAAAAUAUACUAAGGAUGGGCCUGGUGAGCCUGGAGGGCAAUCAUGGACAGUUGAGUGGUUGAAGUUUGAUAAUAGUUACUUCAAGGAGAUGAAGUUAUUUUUUUUGAACGAAAUUCAGGACAUGAAGUUUUUGAGCCAGCUUCCCUGGAAAGAGCAGAAGGAACAGGAUCUUCUAGUUUUGCCUACAGAUGCUGCAUUAUUUGAGGACCCAUCGUUCAAGGUAUACGCAGAAAAGUAUGCAGAGGACCAGGAAGCGUUCUUUAAAGACUAUGGUGAAGCUCAUGCUAAGCUGAGCGAUCUUGGUGCAAAGUUUGAUCCUCCUGAGGGAUUCUCACUCGACGAUGACACAUGCUCUUCACCUUCCGACGAGAAGACGGAAGAACCUACACUGGUAGCGGUAGGAGCGGCAGUAGCAACAGCGACAGCGGACGACAACAACGGCGCAGCUCCGCAGCCGGAGCCCUUCAUCGCUGCCAAUUACUCGUAUGGAAAGAGGGAGUUGUCGGAUGCGAUGAAGCAAAAGAUCAGGGCGGAGUACGAGGGGUUUGGAGGCAGCCCGGACAAGCCCAUGCAGUCCAACUACUUCCUCAACAUCAUGAUCCUGAUUGCGGGGUUGGCGUUCUUGACGUCUCUGCUCGGGAACUGAGUGUUAUAUCAUCAUAUGAUCCGAUUCCUGAAGUCUACGAGUGUCCAUAUCUACGACUAGCAUUAGAGCUACGUACGUGCAAACAGUUUUUUUCGCGAAUUUUGGAGAGAAACGAGCAAAAGAAAUGUAUAACGAGUGUUGGAGAAAUAGCGACCUGACUAUCAACACUCUACCUGUAUGAUUUAUCUACUAUGAAGCAGUGGAUGCAUGGAUAUUCACAAAUAUUCUCGGUGCACGAUCUGACCGUCACCCACA